AUGGAGACUUCUUUGACUGGUCGCAAGCGGACGAGUGUUCGCCGCGCCAAUGUUACGGCCUGCCAACGCUGCAACAGCUACAUCAAAAGCUUAGAGGACCGCGUCGCUCAGCUUGAGCUUGCAUUACGGAGUCAUGGUGUCGAGACUGAAUCUGUUUCUGAUGUUCAGACCCCUCAAGAGCCUAGCACAGUCGCUGAGGCAGCCUCGGAGCAACACCAGGUGACUGGAGGGUUGACGCUGUUGAACCUGCUGGUUCCCGACCCGAGCCAUAUCCAAGACGGAGCAGCGGCUGGGUAUCACGGCUUGUUGGAAAACAUUACUGUUCCGACCGUGGUCAAGUUUCCUCCAAAGCCGACAGCGUUACAGCUUGCCGCUACGUACUUUGAGCACUCCAACUUCUUCUCACCGAUACUCGACGAGGGUCGGUUCCGGGCAACGGUUGAGAGCCUCUACGAAGUCGAACCUGGACCGAGCCAAGGUAACUUGAAUGAAAGAUUUCAGCUCCCUAUGGUUCUCGCGAUUGCUAUCCGGCUACUCAACAGGACUGACGCCGCGGUUCCCACGACAGGGUCAGACUCUUUCUUUGCGUCUGCCAUCCACGUCUUUACGGAACGCCCUCAUGCUAUCUGGAAAGGAGAUCUUGAGCAUUUGCAGAAUCUUCUUCUGAUUGUGCAAUACACCAUUUUCGCGUCAAAUCUUUCAGCUGCCUGGCACUUUAUCGGUCUGGCGACGCGACUCGCCAUCGACCUCGACCUUCUCAACGAGACACAGCGGGGUCUACCACAUGAAGAUGAAACCCCCAUCGCCCAGGCUCAGACGAACAAGAGGCGGCGUGUCUUUUGGUCGACGUACAUACUUGAAACGAAUCUCUGUGUUGUUCUCAAUCGACCGAGGUCUAUCCCCGAUGAGGCCAUCUUCACGCCUCUGCCAUCGACGAGUGGUCCCGAGGCAUCAACGCCGCUGGCCAAUCACUGCAUCAUCUUUCGUCAGGCCGAGUAUGAGAUAUUUCACACAUUGAACUACAAACCUCGAAUACAUGGUCCUCUGUUUGACUUUCACCAAUGGAAGAUUGGCAUGAGGGAUCGUCUUGUUGAGUGGCAUCAGACCGUCCCACCUCUCGAUGCCACCUCCAAGCUGGCACCUCAAAACUUCUUUGACGGCGCGUUAUACAUGACGCUUGUCUACUUAUUCUCACCUUCACCUCAUUUCCCAAGCCCUCCGGAAGCAGAAUUGAGGGACCUCGCCCAAUAUGCUUCCCGCAGCGUUGAACUAUACAGGGCGGGCUUCAAGGAAGGUCAACUGCGAUUCUACUGGCGAACUAUACCCAAUCUCUUUCGGUCGGGCGCAGCGCUCGUCCACUGCAUCAAGACCUUGCGGCUACAAGGUGCGGUAUUCGACUCGAACGACUUGGAGAAGCGAGUGACCAUGUGUUCGACUGUUCUCUGGGGCAUGGCUGAGCGAUAUCCUCCCGGGGCGUCGUAUCGCGACCGGUUCGAGGAGCUAGCGGCUUCCAUGUCUGAGGUAUCUUCUCCGACGAAUGGGAUGCCCUCGAUUAUUUCGCACGAGUUUCUACUCGCUCACGACGUGAUUGCGCCGUUGGACUUGGAUGAUACUGCGACGCUGUGGACUACGACUCCACCGAACCUUGAUCCGUGGAUAUUUGAUCAGUCCUAG